AUGGUGGAUGAGAGUUCCUCUGGAUCGUCAGGUUGCGACUCCCAACCAGGACCAUCCUCGUCUUGUUCAGACUUCGUCAGAGGCUGGCAAGAAAGACAAGCGUAUGUGCGACCUAGCGGGAAUUUAGUGCUGAUGUUGGCCGAAAGGGAACGAGGUUGUUCUAGGAAUGGCGUACGUCAUGUUCGAAAUCGGCGAGAGUUCUAUUCAACAGUGGCCAUGGAUAGAGUAGUAGAGGUUCCAGAAACCCGCCAUAUGCAAGAUCAUGUUGUUUCUUGGACUCCAGAUGGAUCGCGUUUGAUUACAUUCCGUAUAAAUUUACGAUCUGUUAGGAUUUUUCGUUAUUUGGGUGUGGAAAGGGCUCGCGGUAGUGCCCCUGAAGAUCUGUGUGAGCGCCUGUUCUCAUUGCAAUCUGAAGUGAUGAUGAUGAUGGGUUCUUCGCGUCUUGAAAGUGCCUUGUUACGUACGGAUUGCAUGCUUUUCACGGAUGAUGGCAAGUACAUGGUUGUGGCAACAACAGCACCUGCUCCUGACCAGCUUAUUACGAUUCCUAUGGUUUACCCGAAUCACGAAGCGCUUCCUUUGAUCAACUAUAGUUUAGAAAUUUAUACUUUUUUCACUAUUGAUUUAGAGAAAGGAUGCAUAGCUCACUUUGUCAUGUACAAUUUUGAUAGGAUUAAUCUUACUCAUGGUGUUGCAUUGUGUGGAUCAACAAUGAUGAUCAUGUCCUUGCAGAAACAGGUAUUCUUUAUAAGUUGAUG